UAUUAGUUCUCUAACUUUUUGGGGGAAAAUUCUGAUUCCUAGUUUUAAUUUGAUAUUUAUUAGUUCUCUAACUCUAUACAUUUCAUCACAAUAGCCAGUUGAAUCUCCUAGCUUUUCUGAGACAGAGAGAAAAUCAUGGAACCCGAAAUUCAACACAGAAUCGAAGAGACGGUGUUGGAAAUCCUGAAGAGCUCCAACAUGGACGAGACCACCGAGUACAAGGUCCGCGAAAUGGCCUCCGAGAAGCUCGGUCUCGACCUCUCUGCCUCGGACCGCAAGCGUUUCGUCAGGCAAAUCGUUGAGUCCUAUCUCAUCGAACAACAGUCCAAGCCCGAACCAGAACAACCCGAAAACGAAGAACCUGCAGAAGAAGAAGAAGAAGAAGGUGAUGAUGAUGAUGAUCAGCGCAAGAGGAAGAGAGGCGGUGCUAAAGAGUACGAUGACGAUGGCGAUCUCAUCAUUUGUAGGCUAUCUCAGAAAAGAAAGGUGACAAUUCAGGAUUUCAGAGGGAAGACUUUGGUGUCAAUGAGGGAAUACUUUAGAAAAGACGGCAAAGACCUUCCUACUGCAAAAGGUUAGAAUUUGUAACUUCAACUACUCAAUUAGUUGUGCAUUAAUGCGAAAUGAAUUUCAGAAAAUUGCUAAUUUGUUGAAUAAAAAUAAACUUUAAAAUUUGAGAUCGGUUUGUUUAGUAAUCUGGAAUGUUUUAUUCUAGAAAAUCAUUCACUUCCUUACUUCCAUUCACUUUAGAAAGAGAGAGAGAUGUGGAAUGAAGGUCAAACACACAUGUUGGAGGUGAGCUUGACCUGAUCAAUUUCAAGAGGAACAGGAACACAAAUUUCCCAAGUUGUUCCCUUAUUUGCUAAAACUUCUUCUUUUAGUAAGGUGUAUCAAAUAUACCCUCCAAUUGUUAU